UAUUAUAGUCCUGUCGCGUGCCCGACGGAAGCCUGGCAUGAGUUCGUCGUUAUGCCUGUCACCGGCCUGCAUUCACGCAGCGUCCGAGAUUCUCUAUAAUCUAUCUCCGGAUUAUGAGACAAUCGAUCCAUGCACGAACUUUGACACCCUUGUCUGUGAUGGGUUUAUCAACCGUCAUGACAUUCCGCAGGACAAGUCCUCCUAUUCGACAGCGACUAUUAUGUCUGAAACUGGUCAAACCACCCUCAGGCAUAUCUUAGAGUCUUCCUAUCCAACUACCUCAAAGCACUCUUCGUUUUCGCCGCAGAAUCUCAUCAAGAUUGCUGCUUCUACUGACGAAGAGAAUUUCCGUAUGAUACAGGAUGCUUACAACUCAUGCUUAGACGAGGAAACUCUUCAGAAAGUAGGCGUUAAGCCCCUUAUCGACUUAAUAAACCAGGUUGCCACCUCUUUCCCUGUUAGCGAUGCUUACGGGGGUGAUUCACCACUUAAAGAGACGGACUAUGCUGCUCUUAGUGAUACCAUUCUACUCCUUGAAAAAUUAGGGGUUUCUUCCUUUGUGGGCCUUACUGCCGGUGCCGAUGACAAGAACCCCGAUGUAGUAAUUGUCCAAGCAUACCCUGCGGGAUUAACGUUGCCUUCGCCGGAAUACUAUCAGGAUAAUGACACCGUGAGCAAGUAUGAAACCAUGUUAGGAGAAAUUUUCACUGGCCUCCUUCCGAGCACGUCUUCGAAAUCAUCAGCUAAAGAACUUGCCCAAUCUGUCAUCGAACUUGAGAAGAAGAUUGCGGCGGUAACACCACCUCCCGAGGAUCAAUCAGAUGUUACUAAAUAUUACAACAUCGUCAAAGUUGCUGAUACCGGCAAGAUUGGUCCGGCAAUCGGGCUAGACUCUAUCGUUAAAGCCUUAGCCCCCCAGGAUUACACAGCGGAUACUAUGCUAUUGGCAUUCCCAGAGUUCCUAGGCAAUGUCUCCAACAUUCUCUCCAAAACUUCCAAGUCCACAGUGCAAAGUUAUUUAGUUUGGCAACUAGUAAACACAUAUUCUUCUUACGUUGAAGGACCAGAAGUCCAGCCGAUUGUUCGCUUUUCCAACACUCUAUCUGGAAGGGACCCCGAUACUAAGACUGAGCGAUGGAAGACUUGCGUCAGCUACGUUGAUUCUACACUGGGUUGGAUAUUGAGUCGAUUUUACAUCGAGGCAACCUUCUCGGACGAAGCAAAGAAGUUCGGUGACCAGAUCAUACUUGACAUCAAGAAGCAAUUUAUUUCGAAGUUAAAUGAUCUCAGUUGGAUGGAUGACUCGGUCAAAAAAUUAGCUGUCAACAAGGUGAACAAUAUCGACCAGAAGAUUGGGUUCCCAACGACCUCUCCGAACAUAACAAAUCCGGAGGCAUUGCAAGCUUACUACAGUGGCUUGAAAAUUUCCGAUUCCUUCUUCAACAACACUUUGUCGAGCAAUGCCCAAGAAACCAACAGGACUUGGUCAGCCCUUGGAAAGCCAGUUGACCACGGCGAGUGGGGUAUGCAAGCGGACAUUGUGAACGCCUACUACAACCCGGUAGGAAACGAAAUCGUCUUCCCGGCCGGUAUCAUGCAGUUCCCCGUCUUCCAGCUAGAGCUACCAAGCUACGUAUCUUACGGUGCUUUUGCAUCAGUCGCCGGCCACGAGCUUUCCCACGCAUUCGACAACUCUGGCCGACACUACGACGAACAUGGAAACUUCACAGACUGGUGGACAAAUAACACAGUACAGGAAUUCGACAAGCGCGCCAACUGCUUCGUGGAACAGUACAGCAACUUUACCGUUCAGGGAAACAAUGGCGAGUCUCUACACGUCAACGGAAGACUUACUCUAGGAGAAAAUAUUGCCGACGCAGGUGGUGUCUCGGCAGCUUUCGCGGCGUGGAAGAGCCGGACGGAGGCGUCACCCGACCAGAAUCUCCCCGGACUGGACUUCUUCACGCAAGACCAGCUUUUCUUUGUCUUCUACGCUAACUGGUGGUGCGGCAAGAACCGCAAUGAAGAAGCCAUCCGACGCAUCUACACGGACCCGCACUCGCCGGCGUUUGCGCGCGUGUUGGGGACGACGGCUAACUCGAAGGCGUUCAGGGAGAGCUUCAAGUGCCCGGUGAAGGAGCCUACGUGUGAGUUAUGGUGAUCAUGGGGAAGGGGUAAUGCCUGGUAAUAAUGUGUGUUGGUUGGUUUAAUCAGAAAUUGAUGUCUUUUGUAUUCGAUAAUUUAACAUAGGGAAUUAAAUGCCAUUGCAAUAAUAUUGGCUUGUCCGUAAUUACUGUCUCGUUUGCUUUUACUGUGGUGAAUAUCUACCCUUGAAUACAUGCAAUCCGUAAGUUAUUACUCAACAUGACAUUUAGUUGUAUAUAUAAGUCUCAAUAAUGCCAUGGGCUUAGGUAUAGCCAUGCAGAGUUUCUGGAGGAGGUUUUCACCGAUGGAUCCUAUUAAUACACACAAUUUUCAUCUUUAAACCUC